AUGAUGAUGAAACCCUCAAGGUCCGGUGUGGUUCAGAAUAAUGGGACAGAGAAACGUGUUUUCUGGCUGGAAGACACACAGCGACACCUAGUUCAAAAUCAUAUGGAAGCUGUCUUUAGCAGUCUGCUGCCUAUCACUGAGGAUGAGAAUGGAGAGAAAAUGUUUUGCUGUUCACCUCAACAAUUUCUGAAUGCUGUGAGCAGUUUAUCAAUAACAAAAUCAGUCAUGGCAAGGUGUCCCACUUGCUACAAGAACUUCAAGCAGUGGGCAGUGCAAAUGGCUUGUCAUCCUUGGCAAUCUGAUUUUAUGACUGUGACAGAAUUUGAUGAAGAAACAUGUGGAGUGAUCACAGCUGAAUUUGGAAUCUACAAAAAUUUCACAUAUGGUGUUUGGGACUCUUGUAGAAAUGUGAUGGAUCCUCAAACUCAAGCCCCUAUAACUCAACUUCUGUGUGGCACUUAUGGAGUAGACUGCACCUAUGAAGAGCUCUUCAGUUACCUGGGAAGCAUGGAAAAUAAAAACACACCCUUUGAAAUCAAUUUCAGGAUGAUAGAAACUGUUGACAGUGAGACAAAGUCAUUUGAAUUCCAGGCCACACCCUGCAACCAAGUGGCUGAGGGUGAAGAAUACUCUUGUGGUUGCACUGACUGUCCUGAUACAUGUCCAGCAUCAUCUUCCUACCCAGACAACUUGUACAUAACAUGGGAAGUGAAUGGAAUUAAUGGAAUGUUCAUUGUUGCUGGAGCCAUGUGGGGAGGAUUCCUCAUCAUAAUCAUCACCAUACUGGUUGUAGGGUUUCAAAGGAGAAAAAACAUUCCUCCUAGCUCACCAGCAGAUAUUGUCAAGCCAAGCAUCUUUGACUAUAUUGGAGCACACUUUGAACACAAGCUUGCUGUAUGGUUCACCAUGCUUGGGAAAGCUGUUUCUGGGAAACCUUACAUGGUCUUGAUUUACUCAACUCUGUUGGUCACAGUACUGAGUUGUUGCAUUCAGUUUUUGGAAGUGACAACUGACCCUGUGGAGCUGUGGUCUUCAGAGAACUCAAGAGGAAGGAAAGAGAAGGACUAUUAUGACUCAAAUUUUGUCCCCUUCUUCAGACCAGAACAAAUCAUAGUCAAAGCAAAGGGAUAUGAGAAGAUUGUUGAAAACACUACUGGUGAGCCAAUGGAAUGGGGCCCAGCAUUCAAUCAGUCCUUCUUCCUGGAUGUCUUUGACUUGACUGAAUACUUGACAAAUCAGUUGACUGCUGAGAUCACAGAUGGAGAAAAUACCCUCAAUGUUGGCCUCAAGGAUGUUUGUUUCCAGCCAUUGUUCCCUGACAAAAAGUUUUGCACAGUCCAGUCAGCCUUUGAGUACUUCAAGAACAACAGAGAAGUGAUUAAGGAUGAAGAGUCAUUUUUCAAGAGACUUACCUCAUGCAUCAAAGACAACUUCAUCCAAACCUCUUGUCUGGGACAGUUUGGAGGACCAGUGGACCCAAAGCUGGCAUUUGGAGGUUUCUGGAAAGAGAAAUCUCUUCCAUUAAGUCAAGCCAAUGUUUCAGAGGCAGACACCCUGAUUGUAACAUUUGUGGUGAACAACCAUUAUGAUAAAAACCUGGUGAAACCUGCUAUGGCUUAUGAGGAGGUUUGGCUGAAAUAUGUUGAAGAAUGGAGGGACAUGAGGAAGAACCUGAGUGAUCUUGGACUUGCCCCAGAGGUUGAAGUGGCCUUCAGAGCAGAGAGGUCCAUUGAGGAUGAACUUGGGAGACAGACUGAGGGUGACAUUCCUACUGUCAUAAUUUCCUAUUGCAUAAUGUUCUUGUACAUUACUGUCACACUGGGACAGCCAAGGGGUUGGUCAACCAUGUUUGUGGACAGUCAGAUGAUGGUGGGACUUGGUGGAGUGCUGAUGGUGCUUGCCUCAGUGGCAGCAUCUGUGGGCUUCUUUGCUGUGGUCAAGGUUCCUGCAACACUCAUCAUCAUAGAAGUUAUCCCCUUCCUAGUGUUGGCUGUGGGAGUGGACAACAUUUUCAUCUUGGUGCAGGCCUACCAAAGGUCUGAAAGAGGAAAGGGGGAGAGUGUGGAAGACCAUGUUGCAAGAGUCUUGGGACAUGUUGGUCCUUCAAUGCUGCUUUCUGCAGCAGCAGAAUCAAUUUGCUUCUUUCUGGGUGGUUUGUCAGACAUGCCAGCAGUGAAAGCAUUUGCUUUGUAUGCUGGGUUUGCCCUUCUUUUUGACUUCUGCCUUCAGAUUACUGCUUUUGUGGCCCUGAUGACAAUUGACAUCAAGAGGCAGGAGGCCAACAGGAUUGACUUCCUUUGCUGUACAAAGAACUGCAACAAGUUGAGCAAAGAAAAAAAGAACACCAAAGGGCUUCUCUACCAACUAUUCAAGACUGCCUAUGCCCCAUUCCUCAUGAUGUUUCCCAUCAGGGCUGUUGUCCUGGUCUUAUUUUCAACUUGGUUCACUAUUAGCCUUGCAUUGGCUCCCAAUGUGAAAGCUGGUCUGGAUGAAAAGCUGUCCAUGCCAGAGGACUCAUAUGUCAUUGACUACUUCAAUUCAAUGUAUGAGAACUUCUAUGUUGGCCCACCAACUUACUUUGUGGUCAAGGAUGGUUUCCCAAUGCUGAAUGAAAAAGCACAGAACAGGCUUUGUGCUUAUGUUGGAUGCAAUGUUGACUCCUUGGCAUCACAGAUUUUCUUUGCUCAGCAGCAGCCAACUGAGACUCACAUUGCAACCACUGCCAUGUCUUGGAUGGAUGACUAUUUUGAUUGGUUGAGAACUGAGACUUGCUGCAAAAUAGAUGAAGAUGGGAAUUUCUGCAAACCAGGAUCAAACAUAUGUUUUGGAACAAAGUUUGAAGUUUGGGGUACCCCUGAAUAUCAAUGCUGCUUCAAAAUUAUAUGCAAUAUCACAUCUUCUUCAACAGGAUCAUCAAAAUGUGUUGGAGUUUGUGUUGAAAAGUACAGGCCCAAUGCAGAGCAGUUCCUGAAAUUUCUACCAGACUUUCUAAAGGCAAACCCUGCAGGACAAUGCAUCAAAGGAGGUCAUGCUGCUUAUGGGAAUGCAGUCAAAUUGGUCACUGAAGAAAAUGGGAACUUGACCAUUGGAGCAAGCUACUUCAUGACCUACCAUUCCAUGAUGAAAAACUCAGAGGAAUACUAUGAAGCUCUGAGACUUGCAAGAUUCAUUGCAGACAAUAUCACAUCCAUGCUAAAUGAAGACUUUCCCUCUGAAGAUGGCAGAAAGUAUGAAGUGUUUCCCUACAGUAUCUUCUACUUGUAUUAUGAACAAUACCUGACCAUGUGGAGGGAUGUUGUCCAGUCACUGGCAGUCUCUGUGGUGGCAGUUUUUCUUGCCAGCUUUGUCUUCCUGGGCUUUGAUUUGCACUCAGCAUUGAUUGUGCUGGUGACUAUUGUGAUGAUCAUGGCUGUUGGAAUAGCUGUGGAAUUCUGCAAUCACAUCAUCAGGGCUUUUGCAGUUUCUUCCAAAGUGACCAGGCUGGAGCGUGCAACAUAUGCACUUGUAGAAAUGGGAAGCUCAGCUGUUGGAAUAGCUGUGGAAUUCUGCAAUCACAUCAUCAGGGCUUUUGCAGUUUCUUCCAAAGUGACCAGGCUGGAGCGUGCAACAUAUGCACUUGUAGAAAUGGGAAGCUCAGUAAGUUGUAUGAGUACUGUCAGGAAUAACUCUGACAAAACUUGGAGCAUAACACCGGGACCCCAAACGAGCCCCAAAGCCAGCCUUGGGAAGAGAAAAGUUUUGGAGAAUCUUUCAAAGUCCAGCAGGGCUGAGAUUUGGACAGAAGUUGUACUGGUGCCUGCAUCAUCAGUUACAAACGCUGGGUUUGUUCCAGAGAGUCCAUGA